CUGCUCUCUAUAUUUCUAUCCACACUUGUCGUCGGCCACCCGCCCCCUUUUUUGAUUUUCAUCUUCUCAUCCCCUCUUUUGCCUCUAUUCUUCACCUCAUUCAUUAUAUCUCAUUCGGGUGCCAACGUAUAGUCUUCGUCCAGCGAAGGGAAAGGCCUUCGUCCAUAUGGCCUCGUUCUGGCAUCGCCGGAAAGGUUCCACUCAUUGUAUACAUACAGAAAUAAAAAGUGAUAUUGGCACGGUUGCCUUGGACUUUGCCAAGGUUGCCUUGGAAGGCCCAAGCGGUGUGACAGAGCUCGAGAGCAAGCGAGGCGGAGCUGUUUCGAUCUCAUGUCUGUACGUAUACAAGUUUGUUGAUUACUAACCCUAUAGAGAGAACACGGGUUUAGCUGAUUGACAAGGCGACCGUUGUGAUGCUCUUGCCUACUUCUUUCACGUCGGAUUAUCGUAUACCGAAACCGCAUGAGCUCCAGUGACUUGGACUUGAAGAAGACGGACGUGACGGGAUAGCAUAUUUAAACAUCAGACUACCGCAAAAUCAUCUUAAAUACGGUUGUCAAGAAUUCAUCCUCGUUCUGUCAACAGAGUGCAAUGUCGGUGAACCGGCCCUCUCGCGCCACGGACGAUGAUAUAAAAAUCACCAAGCUUCCCAGUGAACGGGCAUAUACAUCGGAACAGCAUCCGAUCGAUCGGCGACUGAAACAUCUUAAGGAAGACGUUCUUCCUCUUUAUCCUUUUCUCCUAACCGUGCCUACCGAUGUGCCUUUCCGCCUUGGAAGCCGCUUCGUCAAUAAUUGGGCUGUGGGUAAUGACGGUCCAUUCUCACCAGAAGAGCACCAACUUCAGUAUAUGACCUUCUUAACACAUCACGAAGGAGACUCGUUACUGGUGGCUGUUGGUGAUUGGUCAGACGAGACUGGAAACGUCAUGUCCGACCAGCAAUCUGGACUCCAGGGUGCAGCAGGCACUCCAUGGAGCGGCCCGGUCAAGAAAAAGAUCAGUUUGAACGACUAUAAGAAUAAAAGAAAGACAGGCGCUUCACCUUCUCCCAUUGGCCAGGAAGCUUCUAGCCAUCAUCUCUCAAUGGACAUUGUACUUGAAGACAGCCAAAGAGCUCCCAAAGUCAGCCCUGUUGGAAACAAUAUACAGAAAUCCUCGGAUAAAAUUGCGGCUUCACGCAUUUCCAUUCGAGCUGGUUCUGAAACUCUGGAACGCAAGCGGCCCGCUGAAUCCGAGCCGGAGAACGCCAGGCUGCAGGAAAGGAAAGGUGCCGAAAUGGGUUUAAAGAAACCAAAACUCUCUGUCGAAGCAGAAGCAGAGCUAAAUAAGUCUGGGCGCUCAAAAGUUAAUGGCCUUCCAACUCUCUUGUCACCCACCCUUCCGCCAACUUCAAGCAGCCCUAAACUGCCCAGGCUCUUAUCUCCCACCCUCCCACCAAACAUAGAGAAAGAGCUAGCUAGAUUUGGCGAGGAGACGCUUGUCUCAGAUCCUACGCGGACGAAGAAUGCUCCCAAUGGCGAUGCUUUGAGGGCCAAAACCCAGAAAACGAAGUCCUCUGACCUCAGCAUGUCAUGCAUAGAUUCAACCCUCGUCGUUGGCCGUCAGAGCUUGCAAAGCAAAUACUCAAAUUCUGUGGCUGAUAAGCGUCCAUCUACUACCCAAGGCUCUGUGGCUUCUUCCUUUAGCGAAACUCCUACGUCCAGCUUACGGUAUCAAACAGAUGACAAGCCUAACAGCUAUGGAAAAUCAGCGAAACCGCAAUUGUUGAUGAAACUCAAGUACGGCAGAGCAAAUCGAAAGCGUAUUGAAGCUCUCCUCAAAUUUUCAGGGAAAAGGAAAGUGGCGCCUCCAGGCUCACCUGCGAAGAAUAUAGCCGAUCCUGAUUCCGUUCUGAUCAAGAGGCCCAGCGAAACUAUAAAGGCUACGGCAUCGGAAUACCCCAACCCUAGAAUUUAUCGGUCUGAAGGGAAAACAAGACACGUUCCGAGCAGCCAAGCACCUAAGAAUGCGGGCUCUGAAAAACCCCAAACCCCAGUGUCUUCCACCCUCAGUACUAUAACACACAACCAGGAAAAAACAAAACAAGCCUCGGCUACGCCUGUUAAAGAUCUUAAAAACUCGACUUAUGGUUCAGAAAACGUUGGAAACGACGGUAGGACGUUCUCACAGCCAACCGGCAGAUAUCCACCAGGCGAUUCGGUCACUGGUGUAAAACAAUCAGUGUCACAGGUAAACCUUCAGCCAAGCGCGUCACGCAAUGGUGAGCGUCGAGCUUGGAAGGAUGAAUAUCAGAAGUACGGGAAUUUAGGGCGGGAAUUAAAGCAUGCCGCGGAAAGACAUACCGCCAGAGAUUGUGUGACUGAUGUUGACGAGAAGCUUGCGGCUGCUACUGCCAUUGAAGCUAUCCUCUGUUUUAUUCUGGCCUUUGUUGCUGACGAUCAAUCCAAAACUUUGUCUCGACAGAUUAGCGACUCGUCAUCUUGGCUAUCUAUACUCGCUUAUUGGCGUGUGGUCAAAAAGAAUAGCGCCCCCUUCCCGCAGCUUCAUAGUCUUUGUUUGAUUCUUGGCGCCACUUCCUAUGAUGCUAUUCAUGCGCUUGAUCUGGAGCGGUUUGCGGUCACCCCUUUGCCGGGGGAACACACCCCUGUGCCAACACCAGGUAGUGAUGGAAAUACUGUUGUAUCCGAUGAAAGCAAAAAGAAUCGAAGGGAGAUCUUAGAGCUAAAAAGUCGACUGCCGCAAUGCUAUAAAGAAUCCCAGAGGCUAUGGCUUGAAGGCUCACAAGGACUUUCAGAAGACAUUCUUGUUCAUGAAUUCCCUGACACCUGGUCCAGGAGGUCGAGAAACUUUUCCGAACAAGGGAAGCAAUGUCUCAAACCUGGUGACUAUUCUGGUGAGUUUUUCCUGCCUUUAGGAAGAAUGACCACACCAGUAGAAACUGUCCGAUUUGGUUACUCAAUACUAAGAGAGUGGUGUAAAAAGGAAGGCGUGGAAUGGAAUGGCCGGCUUUGUUUAUAGAUUCCCACCACCCGGUCGCUCAACUUCUGUUUUUUGAGAUUUCCACUUUUAUCUUCAUUAUUAUCUCUUAUAUGAUCUGUUUUCUUCCAGCGAUCUGCGUUGGCGUCAUUUGGAUUUGGGGAGGAGGAAGUGGCGUACAAAUGUCUACUUCUGCCUGUUAUUAUAGCAUGAUACCAUGGGUUAUAUCCCUUUUUCAUAGAGGUCAUGUAUGGUUUCGUCUGGUUUAUAUGGAUAUGUUUUUGCGGUCCAUAAAAUAGGUUGAUCAUUAUCAUUCUUCCAUAGAACUACUAGGUAAUUUUCAACGGGUUCCAGGUUCCCAACCACAUUAGUAUACGACAGGAACAAUUCUUGUUAGCCGAAUUUUCAACCCAUCCCUAACUUCCAUUAUUAUUUCGACAAAUUACAUUAGG